UGCCCUGGGAGUCCAGUGGCACCCAGGCAAGGGUCCUGCACGGCAGUAGCAGGCUCGGGAGGCCUAGGCCUGCCCUGCUCUGCCCUGGGGGUUGCAAACUCAGAGGAGGAAGGAGGGACACGCUGCCCAGGCACACCCACCAUGUGGCCCCUGUGGCUCCUCGCAUCCCUGCUGGCCCUGAGCCAGGCCCUGCCCUUUGAGCAGAAGGGCUUCUGGGACUUCACCAUGGAUGACGGACUGCCCAUGCUGAACGACGAGGAGGCUUCGGGUGCCGACACGACCUCAGGCGUCCCGGACCUGGACUCUCUCACGCCCACCUUCAGCGCCAUGUGUCCUUUCGGCUGCCACUGCCACCUGCGGGUCGUUCAGUGCUCUGACCUGGGUCUGAAGGCCGUGCCCAAGGAGAUCUCACCUGACACCACAUUGCUGGACCUGCAGAACAAUGACAUCUCGGAGCUCCGAAAGGAUGACUUCAAAGGCCUGCAGCAGCUCUAUGCCCUCGUCCUGGUGAACAACAAGAUCUCCAAGAUCCACGAGAAGGCCUUCAGCCCCCUGCGGAAGCUGCAGAAGCUCUACAUCUCCAAGAACCACCUGGUGGAGAUCCCUCCCAACCUGCCCAGCUCUCUGGUGGAGCUCCGCAUCCAUGACAACCGCAUCCGCAAGGUGCCCAAGGGUGUGUUCAGCGGACUGCGCAGCAUGAACUGCAUCGAGAUGGGUGGGAAUCCCCUGGAGAACAGUGGCUUUGAACCUGGAGCCUUCGAUGGCCUGAAGCUCAACUACCUGCGCAUCUCUGAGGCCAAGCUCACUGGCAUCCCCAAAGACCUCCCCGAGUCCCUGAAUGAACUCCAUCUCGACCACAACAAAAUCCAGGCUAUUGAGCUGGAGGAUCUGCUUCGCUACUCCAAGCUGUACAGGCUGGGCCUGGGCCACAACCAGAUCCGCAUGAUCGAGAACGGCAGCCUGAGUUUUCUGCCCACGCUGCGGGAGCUGCACUUGGACAAUAACAAGCUGUCCAGGGUGCCCGCCGGCCUUCCUGACCUCAAGCUCCUCCAGGUGGUCUAUCUGCACACCAACAACAUCACCAAGGUAGGCGUCAACGACUUCUGCCCCAUGGGCUUCGGGGUCAAGAGGGCCUACUACAACGGCAUCAGCCUCUUCAACAACCCCGUGCCCUACUGGGAGGUGCAGCCAGCCACCUUUCGCUGUGUCACCGACCGCCUGGCCAUCCAGUUUGGCAACUACAAAAAGUAGAGCAGCAGCAGCCACCAUGGUGGCCUGGGCAGGGUCUCUGGGGAGCACAGCGGAUGUCCUGAAGGGGGAGGCAGAGCAAGGGAGCGAAGCCAGCGCCCACUUGCACCCAACCCAGCCCCAUCCUUCUUCCCUGGCCCCCACUAGCUGCUCCCUGUUGCUUUCACCUUGGCUCCCAAGCGUGCAGGUGGGGAGCAAGGCCUGGCCCCCAUCACAAGCUGCCCCUGCCCCCCAUCGUAGCCACUCAGAGGUGCCCCGACUAAGCUUCCUUCCCAUUCACCCUGAAACCAAAUUGUCCGAGGUUCCAGUCCAAGGAAGAUGGUCCCUGGGUCUGGGGGACGGGGGCGGAUAGCAGGGAUGGAGACAACAGACCCCACCAAGCCCACCCACCUGCCCGGCACACAUUCCUCCUUCUCGUGUACUUCCAGCUUCCAACCCUCCUUGGCCCUGCCUGCUACCCCUGGCCUCCCAUGUCCCCCCACCACCCUGCUGCAAGUUCAUGGCCCAUCUGUCUGAGCUUCCUUGAUCUACUGGCCCCUGGACCAGUGCUUUACCUCUCUCUCUCUCUCUGUCUCUCUCUGUCUCUCUCUCUCUAUUGUUCUCCCUCUCCUCUCUCCCAUCCUUGGGCUGGGUUUGGUCUAUCUCUCGCUGGGCCUCUGCCUAGCCCCUACACAGGCAAGCUGGGGGCGGGGGAGCGGAGAGCAGCCUGCCCUGCCCAGGCCUCGCCCCCGAGCCUGGACAGUCCUGGCGGAGGCUGGCAAAUAAAGGUACUGCACCCCACACACGCUCCACAGGCAAGAGGGGGGCACUGAGCUUGGUCAGACCCUGAGAGUCUGCCUCCCGGGAGGGGCCCAGCAUUCAGCCAGAGUCCCCAGCACACUUUUCAUUGUCCCCUUCCCCCCCAUGAUGGCUAGGUCUCCCCUCCCCUCCUCUUCCAGCCCCUGGUGGGAGUUUUGAGCAAUCACACCCAGCUUGAGAAAGGGCUGCUUCUGAGGUUGGUUGCUGUCUUUCAAUUAAAGAAACACUGUGCAAUA